AUGUUUUCACAUGUCUCCUCAUGUUUCACAGCGAGUACGGCUCACCACACGACCAAUCUUCCACCUGAUGGCACGAAAUUACAGCGAGCGAUCCCGCCGGAUGAAACGAGUACUCGGAUGACGUUGCGCCGGCCGAGAAACGCACUGGAAGCUCGCAAUCCCACACUUGCGAAAACCAACCUCCUGGAUUUACCCUUUCCUAUCGUCGACUACCUUCUCGUCCUCCUAACCCUUAAUUUCGUCGCCGUUCUCUGUCCAAUCGCCUUCCUAUUCCUCCCUAUCCUCGCAAUAUCCAGACCCUCUACCUACGUUCUUCUAUGGCACCCGUACAUCUACUUUGCUUGUAAUAUCUUUUAUUUCCUACGAAUACACGUCAACCUUUUGACUUCCACCUUCGUUUUGUUCGAUUGCUUCGCUCGCAGCGGGCUAUUCGCGAUUCGGAAGCGCGGGCAUCCUCUAUCGUGCGGUCUAUCCAACUCGGUCGGCCUUGUCACCCUCGUCCUCAAGCAGUCUUCCCCCUCGCCUUCAAGCGGCUUAUCCUGUAGGCCUCAAGUGCACCACCAUCCCUCACCACCCCGACCAGAUGACGCUGCAGUCAUAGUUCGUACCGAUCGAGUUUACCGACCGCCUUCGUUCGUUUACUUCUACUUCUACAUCUACUUCUACUUCUGCUCAUCAGCUACUUACGAAUACUACGCGCCCGACUCCGCCGACACGCCCGACGCCGUCGACGACGCGCGCUACCCCACCGACGCCUACGACGCGCGCGACCCCACCGACGCCGCCGACGAUGCUCGCGCCACCUAGCUUACUGACUCUUACGACGCGCGGGAGUUCCUCGACAACAUCGGCGAAGGUGGGGGGGAGGGCUUCG